AUGUCUCAAUUUCUCAAAAAGUUUGCAAAAAUACCAAUUUCAGCUAUUCCAGAGCAGUUGGUUUCUGUUGCCUUUCCAGAAGUGUCUCCUGAGCUGAAGGCAUUGUCCUCGCAAUUUGAAACUUUAUCGUCAAGAUUAGACGAAAAGGACACUUUACCACAAAUCAAUGAUUCGUUAAGAAGCAAGACGUUUGUAAGUGGAAGCACUCCAUCCAGAGCCGACUUUGUGCUAUUCAAAUCGGUGUUUCCAGUAGCGUCCAAAUGGACUUCAAAAGACGAUUUAGCUCAGUAUAGACAUAUAAUUAGAUGGGUCGAUUUGGUCCAAAACACAUUAGUCGCUGUGCCAGAGCCUUUGAAAGUGGAUUUCGAUGUUGAGAUUCCUAGAGAAGUGAAAGAAAAAAAGAAACCAGCAGCAAAGGAAGGAGACAAACAGCAAGGAGCUGGUUCUGCAAAUGACAAAUCCAGCAAAAAAGAUGCCAAAGAGAAGGAGCAGGAGCAGAAGCAGAAGCAGAAGCAAUCGCCUGGUGCCGCUGCUGCUCCAGCUUUAACCGAAGAACAGCUCAAAGAAAGAGCUGCUGCCAAAGAAGCCAAAAAGGCAGCUAAAGCCAAACUCAAUGCCGAGAAGCAACAGCAACAAAAAUCUGCCUCCACCACCGCCUCGACUCCUUCACCAGCAAUGGUUGACCUCAGGGUUGGAUUCAUUCAAAAAGCUGAAAGACACCCAGACGCCGACUCCUUGUAUGUCUCCACCAUUGACAUGGGCGAUGAAGAAGGUCCAAGAACUGUUUGCUCCGGCUUGGUUAACUACAUCCCCAUCGAAGAGAUGCAAAAGCGGUUUGUUGUGGUGGUGGCCAAUUUGAAACCAGUAACAAUGAGAGGAAUCAAGAGUUGCGCCAUGGUUUUGUGUGCUUCUAGUGAUGACCACACAACGGUUGAGUUUGUCAACCCGCCAAAGGACUCAAAAGCCGGUGACAAGAUCUUUUUCGAAGGCUUCAACGGUGUACCUGAAAAACAAUUGAAUCCAAAAAAGAAGAUUUGGGAAGCUAUACAACCCAAAUUCACCACUACUGCCGACUUUGCAGUUACCUUCACCCCUGAAGAAGGAUCCGAGCCAAAGAAUUUGGUUAAUGAAAAGGGCGAAUUGUGUAGAAACUCAACCCUCGUUGGUGCACACGUCAACUAA